AUGCAAAAGAUAGCCCGGCUCAACGAGUCUGCUUCGAAGCGACGAAGACUAGAUCGUCCAUCUGAGGGCACGCCUGUCGAAGUCCUCAAUCAUGAAUCACGCACUCUCCUAAUUAAACACCUGUCGAAGAUAGCCGAGGACUCGAAUUCGGAAACUGACGGCCUAGAUCCAGAGAAACUUGAAUAUUCACCACCAGAGCCGUUCACAGAAUUUGAGAUCGAGAUCGAAGAACUCUCGUCCACCGGAGAUGGACUCGGGUAUUCCCCAGAUAUGAAUCACAUCUAUGUCGUUCCAUUCUCCGUUCCCGGAGACAGAGUACUAGCCAAAACGUAUCCUCGCAAAAAGGAAAGUUCUCUUUACACCAUUUUGGACUUAAUCAAAGUACUCAGACCAUCUCUGAAGCGUGAGAGGAUAACACCAGGAUGCAAAUACUUCGGCAUCUGUUCAGGAUGUCAGCUGCAGAUGAUGUCCUACGAAGACCAGCUCAAACACAAAAAGACCAUUGUGGAAAAAGCAUUCCAGUACUUUUCGGACCUCGAUCCAUCUCUCAUCCCACCCGUAGGGGACACGAUAGCAUCACCACUGCAAUACGAGUACAGGACGAAAUUGACGCCCCAUUUUGAUCGCCCUCCAAAACGGGACCACAAAAACUGCAAGGACAAACCGCCGAGCAUCGGCUUUAGACAGAAGAACCGCAAAAAUGUCAUUGACAUUGAAAAUUGCCUCAUUGGCACACCGAUAUUGAACAGAGGACUCCAAGUUGAGCGCGAGAAAGUUCACGAGACGUUUCAUCGUUUGGAUUCCGGUGGCACCAUCCUCUUGCGUGAAUCAACGACACGCGAACACUUUACGUCGCGAUCUAAAGACGACGUGGAAGAAAUAUCCCCCGAACCAGAAGCUAAAGAAACCAAUCAACGUCAACCGGAAGCAGAUGACACCCUCCCAGUCAAGCCUUCUUCAAGUAUCAGUUUCGGUAUUGGCCAACCGACCAACUCACUCACCCUCCCCAUCCCGAGCUCAAUCUUCACAGAACACCGGACGAGAAAUCUCAACACUCCCGAAAUCGUGUACACUUACCCCACAUACCGAGAUAUCAAGACCUAUGUUAGUGACCAAAAAAACGGCUGGUCGACCGAAUAUGUCGAGGAGUUCAAGUUCGAAUCUCACGCCAACAGCUUUUUCCAGAACAACAACUCCAUCCUCCCAGCCUUCAUCAAAUAUGUGCGAGACAACAUCGUGCCUCGGGUCCCUCAGACAAAGAUUUCUGGUGGCGAUAAAUCUGCGCCUGCGCCCCGACUCAAGUACCUCCUCGACGCAUACUGCGGCAGCGGCCUAUUCGCCGUGAGUCUGUCUAAGAUGUUCACGUCCGUCCUAGGAAUCGACGUCGACAAGUACGGCGUGGAUGCAGCACGCGCCAAUGCCGUGCACAACGGCAUCACGAACGCAGGUUUCAUCACCGCCACCGCCGAGUUUCUAUUUGAAGACGUGCCAUUCCCGCCCGCCCAGAGCUUGGUCGUCAUGGACCCGCCGCGUAAAGGCGCUAGCAUUGACUUCCUAAAGCAAUUGUGCGAAUUUGGGCCCGCGCGCGUCGUCUAUGUCUCCUGUAACGUGCACACACAGGCUCGGGACGUGGGGAUCUUGGUCCGUGGCUUCGGGGGCCAGUGGCGCUACGAGAUCGACAGUCUUCGUGGUGCGGAUUUUUUCCCUCAGACGGGACAUGUUGAGGGGGUGUGUUUCUUGAGUCGUGUCGAGAAUAAACCUGCCUCUGAGGAAGACAAGCCGACCGAAGAAGAUCAAAAGACUUACAAAAGCCCAAAAAUCAACGAAGGCCGUGGAACAUGA